AGAUAUACAGGGAAGAACCAUGGCUCUGAGAUGGUUUCUGCAUUCUGCAUGUCAUGUGUUGGGGUACCAGAACGAGCCUAAUAACCUGAGGCACUGUAAGAGCUCGAAGGUCUCGUCGAACUGUGAUCCAACAUCGUCUCGGAAAGUGAAACAGUACCCCGACUCGGGGUUCCAGAUGCCGCUGCACUACCCUCGGUACACGAAAUCGAAUUACGAGAAGAUGGAGGAGUGGAAAGUGGAUCUGCUUCUCAGAGAAUAUGGCCUGAAUUUAGACGGCAGCCUUAGCAGCCUUGAUGAGAAGAGAGCUUAUGCAAUGGGGGCAUUCUUGUGGCCUGAUCAACAUUGAUCGAUUUUCGUCGGCGUUUCAGGUUUGAAGAUAAUUUCUCGAGCUCGACGAUGUAUGCAUGCAGUUAAUAACUAUGAGCAGUAUUACAUAAUCGUAUUAUAUAUAUGAGUUAGAAUCAUCUAUUUAUUCAGUUUAUCAUGUGGGAUACGUUAUAUAUCUUAAUGAGCAUAAUUUAGAGAGAGCAUAUGUACACUCUCUCAACUAGAGUUAAUGCCGCCUG